CUUCCUCUGCAUGGGGAACUCCUUUAUGAUCGCUCCAACAAUUUAAAAAGAAUCGCCGCAGUCAAAAUCGGAUCGCAUAUGGAUAAGGUUGCGCAUACAGUAUAAAAAGAUAUAUAAGAAAGAAUGGCAUCCUGGAUCCAACGCCAGAGUGGAUCUCAUCAGACACAGCUUGCGGCUACAGCAGUGAUUUCGGGAGCUGCGGUCGCUGGUGCGAUACUUGGCUACCAGGCUCUCAAAAGGAAGGAUGCAGUGCGGCGCCUCAAGGCAUCCAUCCCAGAUGUCAAUGACCAACACCAUGUUGAAAAGCUCACAGAAUACGGUGUCGCGGCUGCAGCGCAGCUGAGCAAGGAAGAUGAACGCAGUGCGCUCCUCGCUCGGAGAGCGCAGGAAGGAGACUAUGAUGAUGAGCUCAUCCUCGAACAACUUGCCCGAAACCGUGUUUUCCUGUCCGAUGAAGGCCUCGCGAAGCUCCGCUCGUCAUACAUAAUCGUUGUCGGAUGUGGAGGAGUCGGGUCGCAUGCUGUGGCAUCCCUUGCCCGCUCGGGUGUUUCCAAGAUCCGCCUGAUCGAUUUUGAUCAGGUCACGCUUUCCUCCUUAAACCGACAUGCUCUCGCGACGCUGGCCGAUGUCGGAACGCCGAAGGUGCAUUGUAUCCGCAAAAGACUGGAGCAGAUCACACCGUGGGUGAAGUUUGACUGCCGAAACGAACUAUUUGGGGGAUCAGUGGCCGACCGUCUUCUUGCGCCUUGGAGUUGGGACGACAACGACAAAGGACACAAGCCUGACUAUGUACUGGACUGCAUUGAUAACAUUACGUCCAAGGUGGAGCUGCUUCAUUACUGCCACUCACACUCUAUUCCCGUGAUUUCGGCAAUGGGAGCAGGAUGCAAGUCAGACCCUACCCGUGUUACGGUUGGUGAUAUUUCACUUAGUACGGAUGAUCCGCUGUCGCGGAGCACUCGGCGACGCCUUAAGUUGUUAGGCGUGAAUACCGGGAUCCCUGUUGUUUUCUCCACCGAAAAGCCCGGUCCUGGAAAAGCCACUCUUCUUCCUCUGAAUGAGGCGGAAUUCAGCAAAGGAGAAGUGGGUGAACUGAGUGUAUUGCCCGAUUUUCGGGCGCGGAUCCUCCCUGUGCUGGGAACAAUGCCUGCAGUGUUUGGCUACACCGUGGCGAACCACGUCAUUUGCGACAUCUCCGGCUAUCCGAUGGACUACAGCGUGGGCGGAAAGGGUCGUGAUAAGUUGUACGAUGGUGUCUUGGCAGCCUUGCAGGGAACGCUCGAGCGCUUGGCCCGGGCGGAGCAUGGCCCUAGCCUUGUCGGGCUUCGCCUUCCCAUCAGCAAGGAUGACGUCGGAUAUCUGGUCGAUGAGAUCUUCCGCGGCAAGAGCGUGGUCAGUGGCCUCCCCAGUCGAGUCAGUCUUGUUCCCUGGGAGCGGCCUGAGAGAGGAUUCGGACCUGAUCCGGAGUGGAUGAAGCAGGGGCAGACCUUUGUUCCGCUUGAGUUGAAGGAUUUAGUGUGUAUGACUAAGGAUGAAGCUGUACGGCAUGAAAAAGAAGUGCUUCUGGGUGGUAAGCGGCUGGAGGAGGUAUACGAUUCCAAGACGAUUGAAAUGGUGCAGAAGCGCCAACGGGAGAUGGAGUUUCACGAGCAAUAUCGCUAAUGACGCGAAGACACCAACGAGUAGUGCUUCUUCAGGGACCAAGAUACAGAUGGCACUAGCACCUGGCACCAAGAGUCAUAGCUACAAGUUGAGAACCUCGAGCCCUGAAACAAGACAGCUGCUUGGCUUUUUACAGUGUGACAGGCAGGUCUUGGGUGAUGAUCCACGAGUGCGACAGGGUCGAGGGAAGCCGGCUGACGUUCAAUCCAGCUGCAGAUUCUGGUGAAAGCCCCAUCUCGCCCAAUGAGUGUUUGGUCUUAGAAGAUAGCGUAAUUGGACUGGAGGCUGCAAGACGAGCUGGGAUAUGAGUAGCUUGGGUGCCACAUCCAGACAUGGCAGUCGAGUAUCAAGUGAGGCAGGAGGAUGUUCUGGCUGGAAGGGCGAGACUAGUUGAUAUUGGAGCUAAGUGGCAGCUAGAAGAUAUCGAUGAUGGCUGGGCUGACAGUAGAUAAAGUUUAGAAUAUUCUGAUUAGAAGAU